AUGGCACCAAUCCAUCCGGAGUCAGGGGCGGGGCAGUUCUAUGAUAUGUCGCCUCCAAAGCGAUUAGGACGAGGAAGACAUGCAAUCGUGUUCGAAUGUCGUGACCCAAGCGGUCGCAUCUACGCUAUGAAACUGUUCAAACAGGACAGCAGAGGCAGAAUCAGUCGCGAACUCGAGAUAUUCCAAUAUCUAGGAAAUGGUCCGAACAUUAUCAAAUUUAUCGACGCUGUCCAAGGUGAGGAGGGAUCUGACAUCGGCAUAGUCCUCGAAUACGUAGACAACACAGAUUUUCGAACGCUGUAUCCUCGUUUUGAUGACCUUGAUAUUCGAUAUUAUACCCGCGAGCUACUCAAAGCUUUGGAAUUCGCCCAUAGCCAAGGUGUCAUGCAUCGUGAUGUUAGACCGCACAAUGUAGUGAUCGACCCCGAGAACAGAAAGCUCCGACUGAUAGGCUGGAGCUCAGCUGACUUUUACCGACCCGACGAAGACUUAGACGUUUGCGUGGGUCUUUGGAAGCCACCAGAGCUGCUUCUCAACUACGAACGAUACGAUUUCAGCAUAGAUAUGUGGUGCUUCGGGUCUAUGCUCGCAGCCAUGAUCUUCAGAAAGGAACCUUUCUUUCACGGAAUUAGCCGUAUUGAUCAACUGAAGAAAAUUGCCGAAGUCCUUGGCACAGACAAGCUGUACCGCUUUGCCAAUGAAUAUGAGCUCGAGUUAGACGAUGAGGAACUUGAAGCUCUGGGUCAACAUCACGAGCAAGCUUGGACGGAUUUUAUCAACUCGGAUAAUGAGAGACUUGUAUCUGAUGAAGUGCUGAGUCUUAUUGACCAGCUUCUACGAUUUGACCCGAGGGCAAGUAUUAUCCAGUGA